AACAUGCUCUGAUUUCAGUGAAUCAGUAUCUGAACAGUAAUCUAAGACUUAACUCCCAUAACAAUUACAGGUGUUGUCAAUACAACAACUUUGACUUGACUUGAGGGACUAGAGAGCCAUGAAUCAGUUGAUGUAUUUUAUCUUGGAAGGCUAGUCAGAGAAUAGUAGGUACAAAUAGUAAAGUACAAAUUUUCGGCCGAAACAAAAUUAGUCAACAGAGCCAAAUACGCAUAAAAAAAAAAUAUGAAAACCAACCAAAGAUGCUGAUGAUACAAAUAUAGGUUCAGGCUGCAAAAAGAUGCAAUUAAGGGCCCAGGAUGCAAAUAAAUGUUAUUUGCGUAAGUUUGAGAACACUACUGAUAAUCCUCAGACAGUGUAAGUGUUUGAAGUAUAAAAGUAGUGUUGAAACGCGUUCUGAAUUUAUUCAUCUUUGGCCUGUUCUAUCCAUACAGAAUCGUAAGUUUGAGCUUCAAUAUCACCUGGUGAUCAAACCUACUCGAUUCAUCAUGGCUACCGCUAGAUUAAGAAUCGGCGUGGCCUGCGAAAAUCUGUCCUCGAAGUCCGGUCCGUUUUGCACCUUGAUGGCAAAGUCCAAUUCGCAAUGGAAGGAAGUGGGACGCACCGAAGUCAUUCGAAAUUCCUCGAGCCCUGCUUGGGCGACCAAGCUUGAACUCAAUUAUAACUUUGAGAGGAGAGAAAAAGUCAAAUUUGUGGUCCAAGACCAAGACAUGCAACUUCUGGGAACCUUGAGUGUAACCUUGGGCACUUUGGUGGCUGCUCCGGGACAGGUUUAUAGAAGUAUAAUUAAAGAGGGUUCCGGUAAGAGAGGAUGCUUCAUCAUAACUACGGAAAAUAUUACUCCUGCCGCAAAAAAGGAAAGCAUCGAGAACAAAUUUACGAGCUUCAUUCGAAAUGGAACCGCCCUUAACUUCGCGGUCGCUAUCGACUUCACUGCCUCAAAUGGCGAACAUCUCGAGCCAGAAUCACUCCAUUAUAGAAGUAAACCCAACGGUAAGAAUAGCUAUACGGAAGCUGUUCGUGCGCUUGGUCAAAUUUUGGAAGAUUACGACGCCGACAACCUGAUUCCUGCCUUUGGAUUCGGAGCUGUAGUGCCACCCAGCCAAGAAGUUUCUCACAACUUCUUUCUUAACCAGCAUCCCACUAACCCCGAAUGUUUAGGCGUGGAAGGGAUCAUUGCAGCUUAUACUGAAACAUUGGCAAAGGUUGAAUUGUUUGGACCAACCUUCUUUGCUCCCAUAAUUAAGUACAUGGCGGAGAUUGCCAAAAAUAAUCAAGAUGGAAGAAAAUACUAUGUUCUUCUCAUCAUCACGGAUGGCGUCAUUCAAGACUUCAAACAAACUAAAUCUGCCAUUGUUGAUGCCUCCCAUUUGCCCCUGAGCAUCAUCAUCGUGGGUGUUGGGGAAGCUGACUUUACAGAGAUGGAGGCACUUGACUCUGAUGAAAGGCUGCUGCAAUCAAAUGGACGCACAGCCAGUCGAGAUAUUGUUCAGUUCACUGAACUUAGCCGUCACGCCAAGAAGGACGGAACCUGGAAAAAGGCAGCAUUGGCCAUGGAUGUCCUGUCCGAAGUACCCACCCAAUUGGUCGAGUGGAUGGAGAACAAUGGAAAAAAGCCAUUCUACAGCUAAUGAAAAAACACAAUCAAGAUCAUGAUAUUUUGCGAAAUUCUUACAGACCUGUACAUGUUGAAAUGUCACUUGAAUCUAAACGAAUUCUAGUCGAAUUCUUCCCUUUUGUUUUAAUUUUUAUAAGGAUAACAUUCCCUGAAGCGGUUAGUAAAGCCCAUGAAAAUACAAAUCAAAAUAUAAAACCGGAUCAAUGUCCUAAAUUGUUUCAAAAUUUCAAAUGUUAACCCUUGACCAAAUAAGGACAAUGUUGAAAUCUAAUCUAAAAUCAUCCACGAGCUGCUGUACUUGUCUUCUGUAUAUCAAUGCAUUACGGGGUGGAUUUGACAAGGUGUUACAGAAUUUGCUUGGGCUACAGUGACUAUAUGGCUGAACCAUUUACCUUCAAAAUUGGUGCCCUAAUUACCAACGGCAUUCCCUUAGCAUUGAAACCAUAGCGACACUUGUUGAACUACGACUUUCAAAGGACGGAAGCCAACGUUAGCAAGUCAUAUCUAGGUACAGCACUGGGUAUGGCAGCGGUGACGCUGGCAGUGGGUGUUUUCAGUAAAUAUUUUGGGCCAAGAGUGAUCAAUUUGACUAAUUCUGAAAACAGUUCAUCAAAGAUCCUAAACCCAGAAUCUGGUGUGUCUAGAGCAAUUUUCAAAGAGGCGAUUCAUGCUUCUAUUUGUAACACUUUAUCCUGUCCACCUUGUAUGUCCUGUGACGGAAAGCUCAUUACGAUAAUCGUAAUAAAAUAGAAAAAUAAAAAAUCAUUACUUAGGAAUUGAAUAAUGUAUCUA